CGCCGCGCGAGCCGGCCGAGCCCUCGACGUCGGCGGCCGGCGGCCCGGCCCAGCUGGCGGCCGAGAAGACCGCCAGACAGCCGCGCAAGAAGCUGGCCCGCAGGGCCUCGGCUCCCGCCUGUCGCGCCGACCAACUCACUGCCAUCGAGCUACUGACGUCACCCACGCUGGUCAGUGACGUCACCGCCGCCAUGGAGACGAUGCGGCCCAAGCUGGGGAAGGGUCGUCUGAAGAAGAGCCGACCGCCGGGCCCCCGCUCGGCCUCGGCCUCGGCCACCUCGCUGACGGCGGCCGACGAGGGGGCGCCGGACGGCGGAGCGCGCCGCUCUGUCUCCGAGGGGCCGCGCUCGCCCGAGCAGCCGCCGCCGCUGCCGCUGCCGCCGCCGGCCGCCCGCGUCCUCAAGAAGAAGCACGCCAAGCUGGCCAAGCGGCCCGGGCUGGAGCGCGGCCGGCUGGCGCUGCAGCAGGUCAAGAAGCGUAAGAAGAUGAAGGAGAAGGUGUGAGAGGCCGGUGUAGGGGCCGCUGUUGAGAGCGAGUGCCGGACGGUG